GGGAGACAAAAACCGAAGCUGCGGGCCGGGCGCCUCGCGAGGCUUGGAGUUUGGGCGAGAGUUUGUGGAAGAUGGCGCCUGUUGUGACAGGUUUCAGACUUUUCCUCUGAAGAUGAUACUUGCUUGUGGUGCUCCAUGUGCAAGAACUGGAAGUUGACUAGGAAGAUUGUAAGCGGUAAAUCAUGAAGUUUGGGGAGCGACCACAACCUAAACGCCUUACCAGGGAAGCAAUGAGAAAUUACCUUAAGGAGCGUGGCGAUCAAACUGUACUAAUUCUACACGCUAAGGUUGCACAAAAAUCUUACGGGAAUGAGAAAAGAUUUUUCUGUCCUCCUCCAUGUGUAUAUCUAAUGGGAAGUGGAUGGAAAAAAAAGAAAGAUCAAAUGGAACGAGAUGGAUGCAAUGAGCAGGAAUCACAGCCAUGUGCAUUUAUUGGAAUUGGAAAUAGUGACCAAGAAAUGCAGCAACUUAAUUUGGAAGGAAAGAACUAUUGCACAGCCAAAACAUUGUACAUAUCUGACUCCGACAAAAGAAAGCACUUCAUGUUAUCAGUAAAAAUGUUUUACGGUAAUAGUGACGACAUUGGCGUCUUUCACAGCAAACGGAUCAAAGUAAUCUCCAAGCCUUCCAAAAAGAAACAAUCCUUGAAAAAUGCAGAUUUAUGUAUUGCAUCAGGAACAAAGGUGGCAUUAUUUAACAGACUUCGUUCACAGACUGUCAGCACGCGGUAUCUACAUGUGGAAGGAGGGAAUUUCCAUGCCAGUUCACAACAGUGGGGAGCAUUUUACAUCCAUCUAUUGGAUGAUGAAGAAUCAGAGGGUGAAGAAUUUACAGUCCGUGAUGGAUACAUUCAUUAUGGUCAAACAGUGAAGCUUGUGUGCUCUGUUACAGGGAUGGCACUCCCUAGACUGAUAAUUCGUAAAGUGGAUAAACAAACAGCAUUAUUAGAUGCAGAUGAUCCAGUAUCGCAACUCCACAAAUGUGCAUUUUAUCUUAAGGAUACUGAAAGGAUGUACCUGUGCCUUUCACAAGAAAGAAUUAUACAAUUCCAAGCCACUCCAUGUCCAAAAGAACCAAACAAGGAAAUGAUAAACGAUGGAGCCUCUUGGACAAUCAUAAGCACAGAUAAAGCUGAGUACACGUUCUAUGAGGGGAUGGGCCCUGUACAUGCACCAGUGACACCUGUACCUGUAGUAGAAAGUCUUCAGCUGAAUGGGGGUGGAGAUGUUGCAAUGCUUGAACUCACGGGACAGAAUUUUACUCCCAAUCUGCGAGUUUGGUUUGGUGAUGUUGAAGCUGAGACCAUGUACAGGUGUGCGGAGAGCAUGCUCUGUGUUGUUCCAGAUAUUUCUGCAUUCCGAGAGGGUUGGCGAUGGGUGCGUCAACCUGUCCAGGUCCCUGUUACUCUGGUUCGAAAUGAUGGUAUUAUCUACUCUACCAGCCUUACUUUUACAUACACACCAGAGCCUGGACCAAGACCGCACUGCAGUGCUGCUGGAGCCAUCCUUAGAGCUAAUUCCAGCCUAAUGGCGUCAAAUGACUCAAGUACAAACAGUGAGGGAAGUUACACAACUGUCAGCACAAACUCAACUAUUGUCACAUCAGCAGCAACUGUGGUUUCCUAACUACUAAAAUCAUUUAAAGACAUUUACCAACUUUUGGGAAGGGCAAAGACAAAACUGUUGAAGUGCUGCAAAAGAAAACAAAGAACUACUAAUGUCAACAGUAACUUGUGGUAUUCUGGAAAUCACCUCCUUGUUCAGAUGAUGAACAUUUCAUUCAAGCAUAGAUAAUCUGCAGGAAGUGUUACUACAAUAAGAAAAUACACCUGAAUAUUAUAUAAAACUUUAUAAAGAGCAAAAUGAAAAUCUAUUUUUCAGCUGUUUAAAGUGUGGGCAAGAUAUAAAGUGUUUGGGUGGGAUGGUGGUAAAGCAUAGUAGAGAAUGCAUACAAAAAUAACAUAGUUUCUAUGGACCAAGAAACUUGUAUAAGCUUUAGUGAAGGUACAGUUUCACCAUACCUUUUUUUGUAUUAUACAUAUAGUACACUUUUGUUACCAAAUAGUUUAUAUUUUCUUCCUCUGAGCAAUGGGCUCUGAAGUAUCCAGGUUCCAGACCUGACCUUACUGUAUAUUCUCAUCACCUAUACCAGUAAAGACCUAUAUUUUGGUCACUGGCCAGAACUGUCCUCAUUUUUGUUUUGAAAAAAACUUGAGUCACGUGACUUUCAGUUGAAUGUGUUGAAGAGAAAAGCCUAAUUUUUAUGGUUUCCUGUCAAUCUGUAUACUGUACUUAAAGGAUGUCUCAAUAUAGCACCUUCAUGAUGUGGGACAAAAAUCACAGUUAAUCAAUAUCAUGACUUAGUAUAGUUUAAGAAACAAGCACUCGUCAUGGUGUCUAAUUGUGAUCUGUUCCACAAAAUUAAUCUAAAAUAUAAUUGUUACUUUAUAAAAGGCUUUCUGAAACAACCAAAAUAUAGGUGUAAUGGGAAAAUGAAAUACUUUAGAGUUCUGAUUCUUCAAUUAGAGCUUUGAUUCCAGUGAUAUUUUUGACAAGCUCUGUAUUGUUAAUGAUCCUUAAAGGAUAUGUAUUCUACUAUGCAUAGGCCACAGCAAUAACUAUCAUGUGAGUAUAUGUCUGUAUGCUUAUUGGUGUCUAAUUUCCUGCUGUCCUUUUUUUUUAAAAAAAAAACUGUUUAAAAGCAUGUUGGAAAGGAUUUUUCAUCAUAUGCCACUCACAAUAUCUUGAAAUUCUGUCCAGUAGCAAAAAUUAAGUGUCAGAAUUUCUUGAUGCAAUAUCAAGAGCGUUCAACAUAUAUCGUCAGGCUGACUUUGAUUGGUUUCACGCCCAAUAACAAUUCUGUGCAAAUAAAUACCAGAAAUAUGCAAACAUCUUUAUGUAUAAAAAAAAGUUAGCAUGAUGUGACAAUGGGGUUGACCACACUUUAAUUCACACAUUGCUUUUUAUUUUAUGUUGUCAACUUCCUCAUACUUAGUUUAAAGAAUACCAGAAGGGUUAUUUAGCUUUUGAGUUCUCAGGAUUACCACUGCAAUCGGAUUAUGGCUGCUACCACAUUCACUAUAAUAUGUAAACUCAAAUUGUGAUAUGCCUUCAUAUCAUCUCUCAAUGCAUUGUAAUAUUGGGACAUCCUUAUGUACUUCAGAAAUGUGUAUCAAAAGCUUUAAGUGACUUCUGCCCUGUCUGCAAUACAUACAACAGUUACAGAUAUGUUAAACAUAGCUUUAUUUUUUCAACCAUUUUAAUAAAACAGUAUUUAGUAGUAACUGAUAGAUUUGCUUUGCCACGUGUGAGUAAAAACUGAAAGUUUUUGGAUACACUGACCUCUGAUAAAUGAGAUUCUGCAUUUAACUGAGUGUUCAAGUGUGACUAUAAAGUAUUGAGUCAACUUUGUGUCUGUAUUCUUCCCCCAAAGCUCUGCUUUUAUACAUUGAAACAUAUUAUCAGCUUUUUAUAUUUAUAGUACUUGGACCUACAUGUGCCAGAUUAAUCUUUUUGGCAAUUUGAUUGCUAUAGUGGUUUAUUUUUAUUUUUUUAUUACAUGUGUUAUAAGUGAAAAAUAGUGUGUGUGUCCUUUUACGGUGUUAUUUGCUUAGUGGAAUUCAUUUUAAGAUUGUUGCAUUCAAGGUAUGAAAGCCUAUUUGUAAGAUCAUCAAAUACAUAACAAUGCAGAAAUUAGUUCAGUAUUUCAUCCUUUUCUAAAAUAUAGAAGAGCUGCCUUUUCAAACUAAAAAUUUAAAUCGGAAGAUUACUAGAAGUCACUAAGGUUACUCAGUAGUGAAAUUGAUUUGAGAGGUUACUGGCCAUAAGUGCACAAAGCAUGGGAACGUUAAUGGCAAACAUUGAUUAUUAAAAUAGACAACAAGAAGUGUUCAUGUUAAUGCUAACUUCCUUAAUAGAUUUUAAAAGAGUUCAUUAUGAGCAGAUCCAGAAAAACUUAAUGAAGAGCAUAACUUCUAUUAUAUUUUCAGGAUUGCCAGUUUACUUAAUGAAUUAUUUUUGUAAUCUAAUUGUUUUUAUUAAUGUAGGCAAACAUGGCAGUUAUUUGGCAAGAAAUCACAAAUGAGAUCGUGUUUUAGUGAUUGGACCAUAUAGAAGGCAGUCCCUGCUCCUCCAGUACAGGUUGAGUACCCCUUAUCCAAAAUGCUUGGGCCAGAAGUUUUUUGGAUUUGGAAUAAUGAGAUAGCUUGGGACUCCAAAUUUGUGUGUUACCGGUAAGCACUCUUUGUCUUGCACAUAUGUACUUAAUAGUAAAAAUUAUUACAUACAAUUAAUGUAACGAAAAUACAGUGUGUGCAGGGAACAAAAGCAGCACACAAUACCUGAAUCAGUUGUUGAACAACAACAAACAAUGGCAGGCUUCAGUCUCCACCUAUGAUGCCAUGAUUUCAUUAAAAGGUUACAGUACACUGUAUGUUACCUUUUUUAGGUUUUUUGUAAGGUAUAAAAACAGCACUGUAAACUUUUUCUGGUGUUAAAUUUUCAUCAUUGACUUGUUCUGAUGGUAAAUUUUUGUGAUCAAAUGUUUAAAAAAAAUUAAUCAUGUGACUUUUCUUAAAUUUCUGUCACCACAAUUACCUUCAAUUUUCAGUUCAUCUUGAUGGAUCUUUGCUUGUUUCAUGAACAGCAUCCUGUUAGUGGCAUAUGUUCACUCCAGUGCUGAUAAUAUAGAAUCAAAAUCUUCAUAUUUCACCUUAUGCAGUGUUUUUCUAUUUUUCAUUAACUUCUGCUCAUUACAUAUGUGAGGUCAUUUCUCAGAACAGUCUGCUUUGCACAGAGACUCGUGCAUCGCCUGGGAAUCUUCUUGGUGCCUUGUGGAAUUUUUUAUUUGUAAUGUCGUGUCAGCACUCAAAAAAAAAUUUCAAGAUUUUAGAGGUUUUUGGAUUUUGUAAUUUCUGUUAAGGGGUACUCAACCUCUAUUACUUUAUUGAAAUAAUUUUCAUUUCCACUUUCUAUUUGUUUAAGUAUUUUAAAAAUAUUAUGGUUUUGAUUUUAAUGCUAUUGAAUUUUUAAGUUAUCACUUAAGCCCAGCCAGUCAACUGUACAAAAAGCAUUGGUAUUUAAUACCGAAAGGCUUCUGUAUACCAACAGAGACACAAAGCUGAAUGGUUGCAGUAGACCUCAGGUCUGAAUAGCUAGUUCUGAAGGCAGCUCUUAUUUGUUCAUAAAGUCAUUUAUUAAAGAGAAGACUGGAGCAUAUUUGACAUAGUUGACAAUAUUACUUUUAAUGCUUGGAUUACAGGUUGUGACUGGAAGUAACUGACUGAAUAACUUCAGGUCUUGGCUAAAUUCAAGGGAAGAAAACUUAAAGAUAUUUGGUACUUUAACCUCUUUUGUUAGACCGCUAGGACUGGAGUGAAACUUGCUCUGUGGGCUGAGAGUUUUUCUUAAUUAAGAAAAACCUUUCAGCUCAUUAGAUUUGUUUAAAGUUUAUUUUAAAAGCUUGCCCAGUUUAUUGGUUACCUGCAGCACAGAUUAUGUCAGUGAUUAUUCUUGACAUUCCAAUAAUGUACUGUAUAGCUGUUACCUCUGUUAAACUAAUGUAUAAUGCACAAAAUUCACAUUAUACCAUUUGUCAUGGCAUAUACUUAAUUUUUGUAACCUUAUUGUUCAUUCUCUUUACAUCUUAAUUAGUGUUUUCCACAUCCUACAAAACUUGAGUUUUAGUUUAAAAUUGAGUGACCAGAAUUGUACCUAAAACUGGAAGGUUUUAAUGGGCAUGUGAAAAUUUCAGUACUUUCUCCUUAAACUUCAUUAAUGCUGUACAUUCCAUUAUUUUUGAAUUUGCAGUUGCACAUUUUCUGAAAAUUGAAAGCAAUUGCUUCUUUUCCAACUAUUCUUGUGCCAGUUCUGUUUUUCAUUGCACAUUUCUACUUUUAAGUUUUUUCCAUAUCAAUUUAUAGCCUUUCCUUUAAAUUUCAUUUGCAAUUCAUCUCCAAAAAUGUAUAAUUGACCUGAAUUUUAAGCAUAUGUAAUCAAUAGACUUAUCCAGUUUCUUUCUACAAAGAACCAUUGUAAAUGAGUGCGAAUCAAGGAACUGACCUCUGUAGUGAUUCUUGCACCAAUCUACUAUAAUAGAUAUUUUACUUCCCCUUUUGUUAAUCCAAUAUCUUACUCAGACAAUAGUUGGUCUUGGAUUUCAAUUGAUUAAAUAAUGUACGAUGCAAUGCUGCAAAUACUUUAGAUUUUUGUUCCUGUUUAGGGUGUUCUUCAUUUCUUUUUAGGAGAUAAAAUGCUAUAUAAUUUUUUAUUGGCGUCCUUGUCUUUAGCAUCACCUUCCCCAUGCAUUACUUAUCAAAUAAAAGUUUAUACGAAGUAUUCUGACUUGGACAAGCAAAACUAGUUCAAAAAUGAGUCACUCUAGCCAACUGCAAGCAGAUUCUGAAAUAUGAUUAAAUAAGGUAAGAGCAUGUAUGUGAGCCUUUGGACUAAUGGCAUAAGUACAAAGUAAAUUUUGCACUUUUUCUGGACAAGCUUUCAAAUUGCAGGUAUUAAUUUUCAGUUAUUCUCAAGAGAAAUAGAGCUUAAGGCUGUAUAUUAGUUGAUUUCAACCAUUAAAACAGUAAAUAGGAACAUUAGUUUUAAGAUCUCAACAGGAUAAAUUAAUACUUUGUCAAGAAUAUUAGUUGAAGGACACCAUAUUUCUUAAAUCAUGAAUAUUAAACUUACAACCUAAGAUAUGUCAUUGAUGCUUUUGAUCAAUUUAAGAAAUGUUAAGUCUCUUAAAAUUCCCUAUUGUUCUAGCCUCUGCCACCACCCCAGGCAGUGCACUCCAGACACCCACCUCCCUCUUUGUUCAAAAAAGAAUAAUAACCUU